AUGUCACAAGAAUCUGUCGCUGAUAUCGGUCUGAUCGGCUUAGCCGUUAUGGGCCAAAACCUAAUCCUCAACAUGGCUGAUAAGGGCUAUCAAGUCGCUGCUUACAAUCGUACAACUUCCAAGGUUGACGAUUUCUUAGCCAACGAGGCACACGGUAAAGCAAUCGUUGGUGCUCACUCUAUUGAGGAAUUCUGCAAGCAACUCAAGAGACCACGUAAGAUUAUUCUUCUCGUCAAGGCUGGUCCUGCUGUUGAUUCUUUCAUCGAUCAACUCAAACCUUUCCUUGAAAAGGGCGAUAUCGUCAUUGACGCUGGUAACUCUCACUACCCUGACUCUAUUCGUCGCACUCAAGAACUCCAAAAGGAAGGCCUUCUCUUCGUUGGCUCUGGUGUCUCAGGUGGUGAAGAAGGCGCUCGUUGGGGUCCUUCCAUCAUGCCAGGUGGUAACCCAGACGCCUGGCCACACAUCAAAGAAAUCCUUCAAAAGACUUCUGCUCAAGUAAAUGGUAAUGAACCUUGUUGCGAUUGGGUUGGUGAUGAAGGUGCUGGUCACUACGUUAAAAUGGUUCACAACGGUAUCGAAUACGGUGAUAUGCAAGUCCUCGGUGAAGCUUAUGAUAUCCUCCUUCGUGGUGUUGGUUUCUCUCACGAUCAAGUUGCUGAUGCUUUCAAGCAAUGGAACUCUGGUGUUCUUGACUCCUUCUUGACUGACAUCACUGCUCAAAUUCUUGAACACAAGACUGACGGUGAAGCUACCGUUGAUUCCAUCCUCGAUGCCGCUGGUCAAAAGGGUACUGGUAAGUGGACCGGUGUCAAUGCACUCGACCUCGGUACACCUGUUACCCUCAUCGCUGAAGCUGUCUUUGCUCGUUGCGUCUCUUCAUUGAAGGAUGAGCGUCAAACUGCUGCUCAAAAACUCAAGGGACCUGCAAAGGAGCAAUUCUCAGGUGACAAAGCUGCUUUCGUCAAUGACCUCCAACAAGCUCUCUAUGGUGCCAAGAUUAUCUCAUACGCUCAAGGUUUCCUUCUCUUCCGUGAAGCUGCUAAGGAAUACGGCUGGAAGCUCAACAACGCAGGUAUCGCAAAGAUGUGGCGUGGUGGAUGUAUCAUCAAGUCAGUUUUCCUUGGUGACAUCUCCAAGGCAUACGAGCGUAACCCACAACUCGAGUCACUCUUAUUCGAUGAUUUCUUCGUAAAGGCACUCGAAAACGCUCAAGCUGGAUGGAGACGUGUGGUUGCACAAGCUACUCUCUGGGGUAUCCCAACACCAGCACUCUCAUCAUCCCUCUCUUUCCUCGACUCUUACAGAUCUGCUGACCUUCCAUCCGCUUCCCUUAUUCAAGCUCAACGUGAUUUCUUCGGCGCUCACACUUUCCAAGUUAAGGACUCGGCCAAAUCUGACAAAUUCAUCAAGGGUCAACCAAACCACUUGAACUGGACCGGUAGAGGUGGACGUGUUGCGUCAUCUGCUUACGCUGCUUAA